AGCGUCUUUGCAAACAAUGCUAUCGAGUCCCACCAACAACGAUGCUUGUGCAUAUGCACCGAGCUCGACGCCAAAAGCCGGCGCGCCUCCCAUCGCGAAGACGCCGGCCAUGGUGUCUGUCGCCAAGCUCUUUUCGUUUGCCGACACCACCGACAAGGUCCUCGUCACGCUCGGCACCCUGAGCGCGAUGACCACGGGCGUCCUUCAGUGCAUUCAGAUCGUCUUCUUUGGUGAUGCGCUCAACGCCGUGGGCCCCAACCGCCUGAGUGACGAUUCCGAUACCUUUCGCUCGGGCAUCCGCCGCGUCGUGAUCCAGUUUGCCGCCGUCGCGGCGAUUGCGCUUCUGUGCGGCCUCGCGCAGAUUGCAUGUUUUUCGAUUGCGGCGGCGCGCCAGACGAAGCGCCUUCGCCACGCCUACGCGUCGGCCAUCCUUCGCCAAGAAGUCGGUUGGUUCGACGUCAACGACCCCAUGCAACUCGCGACGCGGGUCGCGGAUACGACGCUCAUCAUCCAAGAAGGUCUUGGGCGCAAGGUCGCGGACGCCAUCAACUUUUCCACCAUGGGUCUCACGGGCGUCAUCAUCUCCUUGGUAUACGGCUGGGAGCUCGCGCUCGUCUUGCUGGCCGUCUCGCCGCUUGUCGCUGGCAGCGGCUACUGGAUGAUCAAGGCGAUUACCGCGGCUACCCAAGCCGGCGUCGACGCGUACGCCGAGGCGGGCGGCAUCGCGCAGGAAGCGCUGAGCAACAUUCUAUAA